AUGAACCGCCUGGCGCCAGUAUCGGAAGAGCCCGUAACCAGCGACGAAGAAAUCAGCAGAGGUGGGAGGAGAAGCCACCAUAGAUCGCUCUCGAAGAGGGACGGCGGCGGUGGGGGGCAAUCAUCGUGGAAAUACUGGUUCAAAGCUCACUUCUCUCUGCUCCUCUUCCAGAAAAAGUCCUCCGACCUCAAAACCCUCCUCAGCGUCCUCGGCUGCCCCCUCUUCCCCGUCCCAAUCCGCCCUAACCCCAACGACCAGGUAUCCUCAUCGGCUCAGUACAUAAUCCAGCACUUCACGGCGGCGACUGGGUGCCGGAAACUGGAAGGCAGGGUGAAAAACGUGUUCGCGACCGGGAAAGUGACGAUGGGGAUGGUAGAUCAUGUAGAUGAUACCGAUCAGCUGGCUGGCGGCGGCCGCUCGAUUGGGACGGGAACUAACGUGGCGGAGAAGGGAUGCUUCGUGAUGUGGCAGAUGGUGCCGGACAAGUGGCUGGUGGAGCUGGUGGUGGGUGGGCACAAGGUUGUGGCUGGCAGCGACGGCAAUGUGGCCUGGCGACACACGCCGUGGCUCGGCGCUCACACGGCCAAAGGCGGCGUCCGGCCUCUCCGUCGGGCCCUUCAGGGGCUGGAUCCGGUGGCCAUAGCGGCGGUGUUCUCGUCCGCGCAAUACAUGGGCGAGAAGUGCAUCCAAGGGGAGGACUGUUUCGUCCUGAAGCUGGCCGCCGACCAAGGCGAGCUCACCGAGCGGAGCGACAGCACGGCGGAGAUGAUCAAGCACGUGACGUUCGGGUUGUUCAGCCAGAGGAGCGGGCUCCUGGUCUACCUGGAGGACUCUUUCCUGACGAGGAUCCAGUCCCCUGGGACCCACCCCACGUACUGGGAGACCACCAUGUCCACCAGGAUCCACGACUACCGCCCCGUCGAAGGCUCCGGCGGCGUCAUGAUCGCUCACGGCGGACGCUCCAGCGCCGUCAUCACCAGGUUCGGGGACAGCCUGCUCAAGUCCAAAGCAGGGGUGCCCGUGAUGACUAGGAUGGAGGAGGAGUGGUCCAUCGACGACGUGGCGUUUGACGUGGCCGGGUUGUCGUUGGACUGCUUCAUCGCGCCCAAGGACGUGCACAGGAAAGACGAGGAUGAUCUGGACGAGAGCCAGCUCGACUGGAGAUCGUCUACUCAGCCGCUAGAGCGGUCAUAG